ACACACUCACCCAUGAGUGCAAUGCCCAGCGGCACAGCCAGUACCAACGGAGUCAUGCCCGAGCAGAAGAAGUCAGGAAGAAAAACCUCAAAGGCAGCAAUUCCUGCUGAGGAGCUUCCUACAUAUGUGCCCGACAUUCCUGAGCCCACCACCAGGGCAGAGCUGAUGAAAUACUGGAUGUCUCUCUCCCUGGAUGACAGAACUGCUCAGAAGCUGCUGUGGCUUUCUGAGGGGGGUACCAAAGUGUCCCGCAUGUCAGAGGAGGCGUGUCCUGUUCUGGACAGACCUGAAAGAUAUGAACACUCCCCACAGGUUCUGUGUAAGGAGGGUCUGCUGGGCCACCGUGGGUACUGGGAGGUGGACUAUGAGGGCUGGGUGGUGAUCGGGGUGGUGAGCGAGAGCGCAGGGAGAAAGGUUAAGGACGGCCCCUGCGGCCUGGGAGAGAACGACUUGUCAUGGGGAGUCGGCUGGGCGGGCUCUUGCUACCACAUCUGGCAUGAUGGGAAGAAUGUGGAGAUCCAAGGAAGCCUCUCCACCACCAUCGGCAUCUACCUGGACCAGCCGGCCGGCAUACUGUGUUUCUACGUGGUGGAGAAAACAGAGGGAGGGGCCAAAGAGGUCCGGCUGCUGCACCAGUUCAAAACCACCUUCAAGGAAAGGGUGUUCCCGGGCUUCUGGGUCGGCUGCAAGUCCUACUGCAUGAUCCCGAAGAAGGAUCAGUAAGAGAAUUAGGAAGGGAGGAGGAAUGGACGAGGGUGGGUGCAAAGAGAGUGGAGAGAGAGGAAUGAUGGGCGGGAAAGUGGGCCGGGGAGGGGGUCCGGUUCAUUCAUUUGACUCACCUUAAGGUGUUGAAAGUCACAGAAUGGGGAAAAUAAUCAAACUUAGACGUGUUUGGGGUGAAAUUUGCUUCUUUAGUUUUACACUGGAGCUACAAGCUAACGUAGCUAACUAGUAAUGGAAGCUUAUACUCCACAAAUUAGCUCUGUGCAAAAUGCCUGAAAUUUGUCCAACACAAGAAAAACCACAAGCAAGUCUGUUUGAGAUUAAACUGCACAGCUUAAGGCAAAUGUGUGAUGAUUUAGCAACAUAGUUAGCAACAUGCUAAUCGUAGUGUAUAAGCUUCACUUACCUACACUCUUAAAAAAGAUGGUUCUUCAAGAGUUUUUAGUAGAGAAAAUUGUUCUAUAUAGAACCAUGAACCUUCAAAGAACCCUUUGCAUGAACAAAUGAUUCUUCAGAUUGAUGGAGAAUGUGCUGUAUAUGCUUCUAUAUAGGACCUUUUGGAGAAGGGUUCUAUAGAACACCCUCUAUUGUUACGAAUAUAAAGCUUGUUUCCAUAGAAGAACCCAUCUUGUUGCUAUAUAGAACCCAUUUCUAACCCAUAUAGAACCCUGUCUAUAGCAUUCUACAUCAAUCGGAACCCUUUCAGGAUGCAAAGAACCUGUUAAUUAUGCCCAGGGUUCUUUAAGUGUUCGUGGUUCUAUACCUGAAAUCGGAACAAUAGCAGGACCCUUUUUGGUGCUAUAUAGAACCCUCUGGGCAGGCUCCUACUUCCAUGUCUGGCAUGAUGGGGAGAAUGUGGAGAUCCAAGGAUCUCCAAUACCACUGGCAUCUACCUGGACCAGCCAUAUAUUAAUGGAAAAAGUGUUGUAGAUGGUUCUAUAUAGCACCAAAAGGGUUCUUCUAUUGUAACAAGCUUGACAUUGUAACAAUAGCCUAAGUCUUUUUGGUGCAUAGAACCAUAUAUAGCACAUUCUCCAUCAAUCUGAAGAACCCUUUAACCAUACAAUGGGUUCUUUGAGUGUUCGUGGAUCUAUGCAGAACCAUUUUCUUUACUAAAGAACCCUUGAAGAACCAUCUUUUUAAGAGUGCACAAGUGCAAUAUCUGGACAUCGCUCAGAGUGCAGCUGAAGGUGGAUCAGAUACAUGAACCUGGCCACAGCUCUUGGGGAACAAGGGUGGUGUGAAGAGGCCAGAGGAAGCAAAUCGGGAAUGUUUUAUGUAUGAGGCGGAAUGAUAUUUGAAGCUUAGCUUAGAAACCUUUUUAAUCUUUGUAGCUUUCAUGUUUUUUCCUAUAGUACGGGAGAUGUGCGUGAUAGAGGAGUUAUGAUGAGAAACCUUAUAAAAGUACUUAAUUAAAUUCAUUAGCAGCUGAUGAGCCCCAGGAUCCUGCAUACUGAGAGGAGUUAUUGUGUUCAAAUAUUUUACUUCUGUAAAGUAUUUCUGUUGAUAUUUGUUAGUUGUUAUUGCAUUUAUUUGGGGCCUAAAUCAUUUUAUAUCCCAUGUGUUGUAUGUGUUAUUUGAGUAGUGACCAUAAAAUUUUACGAUUAUAAUAAAGUGGUUAAUCUA